AAUGUGCUAAGAACUCCUCAUUCCUCAGUCUCAAACCACAAAAACAAACUAGAGUCAACAUGAAGAGACAUCUUCUGACACUGUUAUUCUUCUUUCUCCUUCUUGACUCAUCUCUUUCAAUACCGCUGGAACCUACCAUUGGAAGAGUCGUUACUGUUGCUGGAAGAGUCGUUACUGGUGCUGGAAGAGCCGUUGCUGGUACCUUUAAAAACAUACGUAACUCCAUCCGCAGCGACGAAGACGCCGAGGAAAUGACGACAAAAGUUCGCGAUCAGGCAAGGGAUUCCUUAUUGAAUCAUGUGCCGGACCUGGUAGGCUCUCAACCACAGCCAGGUGCUUCGCAGUUCCGCUGCGGUGGCUUCCACUACUUUCUCUCGCCUACCCAAGGCAGAAACUGGUUCUCUGACCGCACCAGUCUCACCUACCGUUUUAACCCGAAGAUCCAAGAUCCGUUCGCCCAGGUGUUGAGAGACUCAUUCAGGCGGUGGUCAGAGGAGCUAAGCCUACCACUCAGAGAGAAAAGGUAUGACGAGCACGACUAUGCAGACAUCACGAUUGAAUUGUCCAACUUCAAGGACAACAUGGUGGUGGGCGAUAGCCUUAUUAUAGAACAUAUUCCUUCCAACUUUGCUGCUGCUGUUGGAAUUGGGCACAUUCGUUUGGCUGAUAACAAGAAUUGGGGAGUUCUUAACAUUGACAUCGAUACUGUGGUGAUGCACCAGUUAGGACAUCUUCUUGGGCUUUCACACUCCAAUCGAAAUGACUCGGUUAUGAAUCCUAAUAUUUGGUCUGGAAAGCCGAGGAAGGUGUUCUCAAUCGGUGAAAAACAGCAGAUCAAACAAGUUUAUUCCCCUAAUGGAAAUGGAAAUGGAGUUGGGUCCAGUCCUUAAGGAUUGAUUUCCGCAUUCCUACCUGGAUUUGCAUGCAUGUUCCUCUUGUACUAGUUUUUUUUUU